AUGGAGAAACAGAGCAUCCCAAACACUUCUUCUUGGUCUCGAGGCACUUGUAUCGGAAGAGGAUGUUUCGGAACAGUAAACAAAGCCGUGAGUAAAAUCAACGGUGGAGUCUUCGCAGUGAAGUCAGUAGAUAUCGCCACGUGUCUCCCCGCUCAAUCCCAAUCCCUCGAGAACGAAAUCACAAUCCUCCGCUCUCUCGAGCCCCACCCGCACAUCGUGACGUUCCUCGGAGACGACGCGUCUAAAGAGGGAACGUCGUCGUUUCGUAACCUCCACUUGGAGUAUUCACCCGAAGGUGACGUGGCAAACGGUGGAAUCAUCGUCAAGGAAACUCUCCUCCGCCGUUACGUUUUCUGUCUCGUCUCCGCUCUCCGUCACGUCCACUCCAACGGAAUCGCUCACUGCGACGUGAAGUCGAAGAACGUCCUCGUCGCUGACGGCGGAAGCUCCGUGAAGCUUGCGGACUUCGGGUCGGCGAUGGAGUUAGAGAAACCAACGGAUGAGAUUUUGCCGCGUGGCAGUCCGCUCUGGAUGGCUCCGGAGGUUGUUAGGAGAGAGUAUCAAGGACCGGAGAGCGACGUGUGGUCUCUAGGCUGCACGGUCGUCGAGAUGCUCACCGGGAAACCGGCGUGGGAAGAUAACGGUUUCGACUCGCUGAGUCGAAUCGGGUUUUCGAACGAGUUGCCGUUUAUUCCGGCGGCGGUUUCGGAGCUCGGUCGUGAUUUCUUGGAGAAAUGCCUGAGAAGAGAUCGGAGGCUGAGGUGGAGCUGUGAUCAGCUUCUGGAGCAUCCGUUUAUAUGUCAAGGUCAUGACUCGUUUUUGGUUACUGAGUCGUCUCCGCGUUGCGUAUUGGACUGGGCCAACUCGGAGUUCGAAGAGGAGGAGGAAGAGGCCAAUGUGUCUAGAGAUAUGGUUUCAGGGGUGGCAAGGAUGAGUAAUUUAGCGACGACCGGAGGGGUAGUUUGGGAAUCAGACGGUUGGAUUGAGGUUAGAAGCGAGUUAGCGGCAAAAUGCGAAUAUCCGGUUUCAACAAGGGUAGAAUCGGAAUUAAACACGUCAUUGCAGUCUAGCGAUGAUCAUGUUACACCGUCGGGAUAUGAAGAGUCGGAGUCGGCGUCGGUGGAGAAAAUGGAAGAUGACUAUGAUGAAGUGGUGGGCACUGUUGGCUUACCAGAACUCCAUAAGUUUUCAAUUUGCAGAAAGGUAUCAACAUAA